AUGUUAUACGGACAGAAAAAACGCAACAGAUUUUUCGCACGUAGACGCCAAGCCUACCGAGCAAUGGACGUCACGUGCAAGUUAUACGAACGUUUAUCUGUCGCGUCGGACCCUAUGGGGCUGUACAACUUCAGGCCGUCAGUGCGCCCAGUGCCGCUGGAAGUGCACAUCGCCGGCUUCCCGGGCAAACACUACUGUCCGCGCAUGGCCACCAUGAACCGACCCACCUUCCAGGCCAUCCGCCAGCACUCGCCCGCGCAGCCGGCCCUCGUUUUCGUGUCCUCUCGGCGGCAAACGCGCCUCACCGCCCUCGACCUCAUCGCCUUCCUCGCCGGCGAAGACAACCCCAAGCAGUGGAUGCACAUGAGCGAACAGGAGAUGGAUCAGAUCAUCGGCUCCAUCAACGAUCCCAACCUCAAACUCACACUAGCGUUUGGUAUCGGCAUGCACCACGCAGGCUUACAAGAGCGCGACAGGAAAACUGUCGAGGAACUGUUUGUGAACCAGAAGAUACAAGUCCUCAUCGCUACUGCCACCUUAGCCUGGGGCGUCAACUUCCCCGCGCAUCUAGUCGUCAUCAAAGGCACCGAGUACUUCGACGGAAAGGUCAAACGUUACGUAGACAUGCCCAUUACAGACAUCCUACAAAUGAUGGGACGUGCUGGGCGACCCCAGUUCGACAACCAAGGGAUGGCUGUAGUUCUUGUGCACGACGUGAAGAAGAAUUUCUACAAAAAGUUCCUCUACGAGCCCUUUCCAGUGGAAUCGAGUCUGCUCGCCGUGCUACCCGAUCAUCUGAAUGCGGAGAUAGUGGCCGGCUCCAUUCAGAAUCGCCAGCAAGCGCUUGAUUAUCUGACGUGGACGUAUUUCUUCAGGCGGUUGCUGAAGAAUCCCAGCUACUAUGGAUUGGAGACGUUGGAUGCGGCUGAUGUCAAUCAUUAUUUGUCGGGCUUGGUUGAGAAGUCGCUGAAAACGCUCGAGGAUGCGUUCUGUGUGACAUUCGAAGAGGAUGAGAGAGGAGUAUUGCCGACAUCGAUGGGGCGCAUUUCGUCAUACUACUACUUGUCGCACAUGACGAUGCUGCACUUGAGGAACAAUCUGAGUCCAACGCUGUCCUGGCAACAGCUGCUGGAUGUCAUGUGCAAAGUGCAUGAGUACAGUCAGCUGCCUGUCAGGCACAAUGAGGACAUCUUGAAUGGGAACCUGGCAAAAGAAUGUCCUCUGCCGGUCGACCAGUUGACUCUUGACUCGCCGCACACAAAGGCGUUCCUGCUGCUGCAGGCCUACUUCAGUCGUAUUCCAAUGCCUUGCACCGACUAUAACACUGAUCUCAAGUCGGUUCUCGAUCAAGCAAUACGUAUUCUUCAGGCGAUGAUAGACGUGAGCGCGGAACAAGGGUGGCUGGCGACAACACUGCGACUGCAGCAGCUGAUGCAAAGUGUAGUGCAGGGUCGCUGGCUGAAGGACUCCCCCCUCACCACGCUGCCCCACCUCAGCCCCGCCCUCAUGCGGCUGUUCAGGCGACACCGCAAGUGGGCCAUGCUGCCCGCACUCUUGCGCAUCCGCUACAAGGGCCUGGUCGCCAUCUUGUCGGCCCAGUUGACUGAGGCCGAGAUCGAGCAGAUCUACAAAGUGCUGCAAGACCUGCCCGACAUAAGAAUGUCGGUUGCGUUGAGAGGAAGCUGGAAAGAUGCUGGAAGUGAUGAAGAAGAAAAGGUUUUGGACAAGACUGAUCUAGCUUCGGGCGAGUGCGUGUUGUCGAGCAGAACUUCGCUGGUGGCUGGGCAAGAGUACACUCUCUGUGUCAAGUUCGCCAAGCUCAAUCCCUCCAAAGAGAGAAAAGCGCAUGCACCACGUUUUUCAAAGCCGACAGAGCCUGGCUGGUUCUUGACGUUGGGCAGCAUUGAACAAAAAGAGUUAAUCGCCAUGAAACGAGUUCCACCGAUUUCUUCCCGUUGUACGCAUCAGCUCACCUUUACUGCGCCACAAGUUCCAGGCAGAGCGCAGUUGGCUUUGUACCUGAUGUCUGAUACGUACCUAGGACUUGACCAACAGUACACACUGGACUUUGAUAUUUCAUGCUGAGAUCCUCAAAUAAGACUGAUGUAGAAGGCUCCCGUGAAGAAAAGUGUCAAUACUUUCCAUUAUUAUUAUUACUAUGCCUGGUAGACUUUCUUCGCUAGCCAACGCUGAAUAGUCUCCAAGAUAAAAUACAUCAGGCCAAAUGAAUAGGAAUUUUUGGUAUAGGGUUUAGGUUGUAAGAAAAAUGUGAUAACAGUCUUACAUAAUAUAACUAUUUUUAAAAAGA